CGUCAACAUAUUGAAAUGUCAAAGUUCAUGGUAAAUGCAAAUGACAAUUUGACCUUUCACAUGUUAAAAAAAUUCAAGUAUUUGCUACGUGUGUUCAUCAUCAUCACCAUCACAUGAGCAAAUAGAAUAAAAAAUAUUAACGUCGCAUAAAAUAAACCACGAAAAGCUGAAGAAAUAAAAAAAACACCUCACAGUAAUAAUAAUAAUCAGCAAAAGGCUUAUCGAAUCGAAUUGAUGUUAUUUUCAAAUUCAGUCAUCACUUGAUGCCGAGACUGUCUACAUCCGGGUUCGAUUUAUUUUAUUUUUUUUACUUGUGUUUGUCAAUUAAUAUUAUCUAACAACAUGAAGCAAUUAAUUUUUAUUAUUGCGAUUGUAAUUAUUCAAGCAGCAACACAGACAAUAUACGUUGAUUAUGACACAGGAAAAGUUUUAGGUGUUGAUGAAGGUAAACAAGUAUAUCCACAACAAAAUUAUCCUCAAAAAAAUUGGCAAUCACAUCAUCAUCGUCAUAAUCAACAGCAAAUGACAAAUAAUCAUCAUCGUAAAAAUCAAAAUACAAUACCGCAAAAUAAUAUUAAAGCACAAUGGGUUUGUGUUAAUUCAGUAACUGGACAAUCAAUGAUAAUUGAUCCAGAAAAUACUGGUGCAAGAUCUGGAACUGGAAAUUCACAGAUAAAUAAUAGACCAGCUCAAAAUCCUUAUCAAGACAAUCCUUGGUUGAAUAAUCAGCCAAUGGCUAGACCAAAUGAUCCACCACCACAGCCAACAAUUCCAAGUCGUCAAAAUAUUCAAGAACCACCAAUUCCAGUGACAACCCAGCCACCACCAACUCAACCAACUGUUCCAGAUAUUGACUGGACAAAAUUUCUUGAACCUACAACUAAAAAACCAGCUGUUAGUUUGGAGACUGCUAUUGACGGUGUUGGUAUACUUCAACCAAGAAUUUUCGAACGUUAAUUACAUAUAAUCCUUUCUAAAAAAAAAAAAAACAAAUUUUAUAAAUUAAAUUUCUAUUUAUUUAUAAAAUACAUAAACCCUUUAUAUAAAUAAUUUAUUUUUAUAAAUUAUUUCAAAUAAAAAAAACAAGUUAUUAUUCAAAACACUUGGUUUAUUUAUUUAUCCAUUUAUUUUUUUUUUUUGUACAAAAAUGAAUUACUAAUUUUAAAAAAAUGCAAAAUAAUGAUAACAAUAAUUUUUAUCAUAUAAAUAUUUCUAAUAAAUAGAUAACUGAUAAAUUAAGUAAUAUAAAAAAAAUAAAUAUAUUUUGAUGAUGAUCAUU